AUUAGCUGGCAUCACUGUUAUCUUCUAAUUAGACAUUAGCAUCACUGAUUAUGUCAUAGUCUUCAUCAUCUUUCUCAUAGUAUGGAAUAUUAGUAUAUUAUCUCUGACCUUAAGGUGAUCUUGUUCCUUACCGUGUGAACCGACAAGUCACACCAGAUAGAUCCAGAUUUGGCUUCGGUUUAAUCUGUAGCUGAGCCUGGACAUUGGGGCUGCAUCGCAGGUCAUGGAUUGGUGCUGAGAAGUGGGUCAUGAUAGCUGAGGUAAAAGGAAAAUUUGAUAGUGCAUUUUUCGUGCACAACUCUUUUGGGAAGAAAUAUAUAUAUGUAAAGUUGUUUGAACGGGAUAAGCCUAUGGGAAAAGGGACGAAGGUCCCCAGAGUGAAGCCUGGCCCAAUCCUUUGCCGUCAUUGACAGGCUGGUCUGAGGAUGACACCAAACGAAAUAAACAUAUUAACCGCGUGCAGUACAAUAGUACUACGAACUCUGCAAAGUCAACGCUGUACUGCAAAUUAAGAAGUGGCGAGCAAAUCCGGGUAUUUAUGUAUCAACGCUUAGAAGUUAGAUGAUAACUAACGUCAACUAAUCCACGAAAGAGGGAAGAAAUAUCCAUCAGCUCUAAUCUAUGGCCACAAUUUCUUCUUCGGCAAAACUUAAGUCAAAGUCCCUGUUCAUUUUUCUCCUCCUCUUGCAAUUCUCCAUAACGAAAGGUCAUGGAGGGGACGAUCACGAGGACGAAGGUGACCAUGCAAACUUGCAUGAGAAGGGCUUAAUCUUGGUGAAGAUAUGGUGCUUGAUAAUUCUUCUAGUCAGCACUUUUGCAGGUGGUGUCUCCCCCUACUUUUACCGAUGGAACGAAAGUUUUCUCCUCUUAGGCACCCAGUUCGCCGGUGGGGUUUUUCUAGCCACCUCUUUGAUUCAUUUCUUGAGCGAUUCUAGCGAAACUUUUGAUAAGCUCACGACUAAAACCUACCCUUUUGCAUUCAUGCUGGCAUCGGCGGGCUAUCUUCUCACCAUGCUUGGUGAUUGCAUAGUUAUCUAUGCUACAUCAAGUGGUGAAAGAGAAGCUAGAGUUGAAAUUGAGGAAAGGAGAACUGCUGAUGAGGAGCACUCUAAAGAUGUAGGAAUGGAUGCCAACCCAGUUUUCCUGAGGACGACUUCACUCGGGGAUACUGUGCUUCUUAUUCUCGCCCUGUGUUUUCAUUCAGUUUUCGAGGGCAUUGCCGUUGGCGUUGCGGAUACCAAGGCAGAUGCGUGGAGGAAUCUUUGGACAAUAUCACUGCACAAAAUAUUUGCAGCCAUUGCGAUGGGCAUUGCACUGCUCAGGAUGAUACCAAAGAGGCCAUUUCUAUUGACCUGUGGUUACUCUUUUGCCUUUGCUGUUUCUAGUCCCAUCGGAGUAGGGAUCGGCAUUGCCAUUGAUGCAACAACUCAAGGGCAUGUAGCUGAUUGGAUUUACGCAAUCUCGAUGGGACUUGCUUGUGGGGUUUUCGUUUACGUUGCCAUCAAUCAUCUUAUCGCCAAGGGCUUCAAACCACAAGCAAAAUGUUACUUCGACACUCCCUACUUCAGGUUUCUUGCUGUGCUUCUUGGAGUAGCAGUUAUAGCAGUUGUUAUGAUCUGGGACUGAUGUAACUCUUUGCAUACUAAUUUGUAAUUUUCUUCAAUUAUAAUGAAUGCAACAUCAAUAGACAAAUACCAGGCAUUGAAAUUA